UAUGAAUCUAAAAUGUUUACGUGAACGAGAUAGGUUUCUGGAAUUCACUGGUUGUACAACCACCACAGCCACGCGGCGGAGCUUACUGCGGGAUAUUAUAACCUUUACGAGAGAGAUGGUUAUCGCCCGAUCGCUCGGAUGCUCUCAAAACACUACGGCACUCUCAACUUCACUUGCCUUGAGAUGAAAGAUACCGACAAUAGUGCUGAAGCCCUAAGUGCUCCACAAGAACUUGUUCAAAUGGUAUUGAGCAAAGCAUGGAAAGAAGGCAUAGAAGUUGCUGGUGAGAAUGCAUUAGAGACCUAUGGAACCAAAGGUUACAAUCAGAUUCUACUUAAUGCGAGGCCUAACGGGGUUAACCAUAACGGUAAGCCGAAGCUGAGAAUGUACGGCUUUACUUACCUACGGUUGUCCGAUACUGUCUUUCAAGAAAACAACUUUGAACUGUUCAAGAAGUUUGUGAGGAAAAUGCACGCUGACCAAGAUUACUGUGGAGAUGCGGAGAAGUACGGGCAUGAGAUUGUACCGUUGAAGACACCUAACUCGCACCUGACGGUGGAGGAUAUCGCGGACGCGGCUCAGCCAAGUGCAGCAUUCAAGUGGGAUACUGAAACCGACAUGAAGGUUGAUGGUUGAUCAUCUUAUCGUCAAACAAAAUAAGAGAAGGAAGUGGUAAUAAAAGGUUUUUGCAACGUCUACUGCAAAAAUGAUGGUGGCUACAAACUUUUUAUAUUCGUCGUACGUUUCGGUUACGGGAAUAAAUAAACCGUUUUGGUUUGUAUUGUGUGGAGUGAAGAGUGCUUGAUCUGAUUGAAUAAAGUUUGUGUAGUUAUGCUUGAAUAAAGUUAUAUGUAAUCUUGUGUAAUUAUCGUUUGAUGAAGUAUUUAAUAAAUUAAAUUAAUAAGCAUUAUGCUGAAAA